AUGCUCGACGCCCCGGCCCGCUCCCAAUCACCCUCCGGGCGCUCUUCGAGGCGGAGUCAGCCUCCCGCGUGGCUGGCAGCAGCAGGGAGGGGAGGAGCGGGCGGCAUGAUCGGGACCGUGCUCUAUUACGUGCUGCUUCCCGUGGCGCGGCUCCUCCAGGCUUUCCGAGAUGCUUUCUUUACUUGUCGAAAGAAUGUGCUUCUGGCGAAGAGCCCAGCCACCUGUAUAGAUGGUCUUUCUGCUCCAGUCAGUGGGAAGCCAGUCUCAGAGGAGCAGCAAGCCCUGCUGCAGCAGUGGCUGGAGGAAGGCGCUGGGGGACUGCACACCAGUGAGAGUCCUUCAAAAACAGAGAAGGUAUUGGCCAUUUCAACUGCUGAGUGGCUGGAAGGCCCUGAGCUACUGAUGACAAGUUUAAGCGACCUGAACAUAUCGGCACAGUCAGAUGGCCAGGAGCAGCAGCAUGUGGUCCAGACUGAAGCAUCCCCUGAACUACAGGAAUUUGUAGAAACCACCCUGGCAAAUUUACCUGCAGAGGAAAGAGAGGCUGAAGGAGACAGUGCUCUGUGGGCAGCAAUAAGGACGCAGGCUGAUCCUCAGAUUAUUGAUGCUGCUCCUCUGUCUACAGAAGUGUGGAUUGAAGACCCUGCUGUGUUGGCCUGGAGUCCUGCAUUGGAGACUGAUGUGGUGUCAACAGAGGGAGCAGUGUGGCCUUUUCAGGAUGUGGGUCAAUUUCAGCCAUUCCCAGCAGAGAUACCUUAUCAUGAGAUUCUGUGGCGGGACUGGGAAGACCUUUCUGCUCAGGACUGCAUCCCAGAGGAAGGCCCAGAGGCUGGAUCCUUAUUUGAAUUCAGAGUUAUGUCCUACAACAUUCUGGCCCAGGACUUAAUAGAACAGAGUCCACACCUCUACAUGCAUUGCCACCCAGACAUUUUGAACUGGAGCUAUCGUCUCACAAAUCUCUUACAGGAGAUUCAGCACUGGGAUCCUGAUGUUCUCUGUCUCCAGGAGGUUCAAGAGAAUCACUAUUGGGAGCAGCUGGAACCAACACUUAUGAUGAUGGGCUUUGCCUGCAUCUACAAGCGGCGGACAGGAAGAAAGACAGAUGGUUGUGCAAUCUGCUACAAGCAGAGCAGGUUCCAGCUGAUCAGUACCAACCCUGUUGAAUUCUUCCGUCCUGGCUUGGACAUCCUCAACAGGGACAAUGUGGGUUUGGUGUUACUGUUGCAGCCCUUACUUGAGAGCUUGGGAGAUAAGGCAAUCAGGCCCUUGUGUGUGGCCAACACUCACGUGCUGUAUAAUCCCCGUCGGGGAGAUAUCAAAUUGGCCCAGAUGGCUCUACUCCUGGCAGAGAUAGACAAGACUUCAAAAAUGGCCGAUGGCAAUUAUUGCCCCAUCAUCUUAUGUGGGGACCUGAAUUCUGUGCCUGACUCGCCACUGUACAAGUUCAUCCGGAAUGGUCAGUUGUACUACCAUGGGAUGCCAGCCUGGAAGGUGUCUGGGCAGGAAGAGUUCUGUGAGCAUCCAUAUCAGCGGAAACUGCUGACUCCUCUUUGGCCCAGUUGUCUGGGCAUAACAGAUGAUUGCCAAUAUGUCACUCAUUGCCAAAGCAAGACAUCAGACAGACUCAAAUACAGCCGUGACUUUCUGCUUCAGUUCCAUUACUGUGACGCUGCCUGUGAGCGGCCUGCAGAGUUGAUCUUGUUGGAAGGUGUGACAGAUGCCAAACCAGACCGUCCUCCACAUUGGCCUAAGAAACUCACUGUGAAUAACAACUCCGAUCCAGAACUGUUUUGUUCAAGAUAUCCAGGCAAUAUUCAACAUGGCCUCAACCUGACUUCUGCCUACAAUCACUUUCUGCCUCAGAGAGGUCGCCCUGAGAUCACAACCAUGCCACUGGGUGUGGGAGCCACAGUUGAUUAUAUCUUCUACUCGGCAAAGCCAAUCAAGAAUGAAAAUGAAGAAAGUCGCAGGAUGUACCAGGAUGGAGCCCUAAAGCUGCUUGGCCGCCUAUCCCUCCUUUCUGAAGACAUCCUUUGGUCAGCAAAUGGCUUGCCUAAUCCUUUUUGUUCUUCUGAUCAUCUCUGCUUGCUGACCAGCUUUGGUCUAGAGAUCUCUGACUUCUGAUCAUGUGCCAGAUCUCUAGAACUCUCCCAAGAGUUGGUUUGAAUGGGAAAAUCAUGCCGUUUAAGUUUGCAUCAUCUUACAAAAACAAAAAACAAAAAAACAAAAAAAUCUGUAUCUCCCCCAUCCUCCUCCCCAUCUGUUUGAGAUUUCCUUGUUCUUCUCUCCCAUGCUCCUUUUUCAGAGCUGCAGUUCUAGUCUGAAUUUCCCUGCCAGUUCAUGCCUCCCUGUACUCUGGUUGCACCAUCUUCUAAAGGACGUUUUGUCAGCAAACUUCUUUAUUUCAUCGUCGUCUGUUUGGCAGGGGUAUUUUAGUUGCCAUGAUCUAGAAGUCACCAGAGCUUUACCAUUGCGCACCACCAAGCUCUUCCUGAGAAGGACACAAGCUGAGUUGAGCCUGAAUCUGGAUGUGGACUCUUAAUUGCCCCCACCCCCUUUUUUCCUCUUCUCUGCAAAUAGCUUGGGGCCAUGCACGCUGGCUUCCCAACUGCAUUCAGGCCAAAAAGGUGGUGGUAUUGGUUUCUGCAAGUGUGCAAAGUGUAGCUUUUUUUUUUUUAAUAAUGGUGGUGGUGCUGCUGCUGCUAGCAACCUCAAGAGGUAUAGACUGGCCUGUUCCUCUUUUCUGUUUCAAAACAGAAUUAAAGCAACCUGCAUUGAGUGACUUUGGACAAAAAGAGACUUUCGAUCAGGUUUCCUCUGGCUGGACUUCAACUGCUGCUUGAGCAGAGGCGUUUGGAAGCCCUCAGCCUACAAAGGAGUUUUCUGCUGCUAUGCAAGCUCGAUUGCAUGUUAUACUCUGAGGUUCUUCAGAAGACUGUUUUUUCUCGCUUGCCCAUCAGCUUGGUGGAUUUUUUUUUUUUUUUUUUGCAUCUGAUGGCGUCUAGAGUUGCAGGGAAAGGAGGACUGCGCACAUUAGUAGAAGAUGAGAGCUGCUUUGUUUUCUUUGCAGCUUGGAAGCCACAUUGUCAGGUGCCUCAGCUGGCCUGGCAGUUGCUGCUCACUAUUUAUUAUCCAUGAAUUGUGCAAGGAAUAUGUAAUUAGAGAAUAGCAGUCAGCCUCAAGAUUACUCCCACCUGUUCCUUGAUCCAUGGAAAUGACACAAUCCAGUUCAGCUGUGUGUGGGGCAUGGCACGACCUUAUUGGGGUGGGCAGAAAAUGCAUUGGGAGUUCUCAAUAUUUUUAAUGUUUUCUUAAAUUUGAAAAAAUAAAAUUUUAUAAUUUCAGCAAAA